AUGUGCGCGGGCAGCAGCGGAGGGAGCGCGAGCAACAUCGCACGCAGCAGCAAGCGCACGGAAGAGCACCUCCUUGCCGCCUCCUGCCUUGCCGCCUCCCCUCUCGUCGCCGCCUCCCUUGCCCUCCUUUCCCUUGCCACCCCCUCCCUUGCCGAGUUGUCAGGUGAGGAAGGAGGCGGGGACACGGGCGUGCGUGCGGGUACGUGGGGUGGACGGCUCUCGUCUGUGGACGGGCUUGGCGCGCAAAGCUCCAAAUGCUGCCCCUCGCGCAUCACAACCUCCCACCGUUGUUCUCACCUCCUUGCUUCCGAGCAGCCAAGGUGGUGUGCGUCCGAGCAUGCAGGAGUUCAGCAGCAGUGGCGUGGCGGCACUUGCAUCAGCGCUGGGCUGGGGGUGCCGUCGUGCAGUAGUUGGAGGGGCGAGCAGGACUGGCAACACCAGCACGAGCACUUAGUUGACUGUGGAGAUGAGACGGGCAUGCGAGUGAGUGUGCUCAAGCAGGCGCCGACACGUGGCUGGGUGAACACCUCCCUCGCGUGUCCACGCCCUCAUGCUGCACCAUUCCAAGGUCGGAAUGCCGAGGAAUGGGGGACGGGGCGAGAAGGGGGGGGUUCUACUUUGGGGGUGCUACGUGGGGCGCGGAGGGGAAGGGGAGGAUGUGGGAUGGGCGUCUCACUGAGUCAGCGCUCGCUCGCUCUGCCUUGCUGCUUCCUUGCCUCAGCCAUCAUCGCCCUUCUUCCCUUUCACCUCAUCCCAUGCACCCCCUCCCAUCCCAUCCCAUGCGCCAUACCCUUCCCCAUCGCCGCCACUGCCUGCACUCCACCUCCCUCCCUCACUCCCUUCCCCUCUUUUGCCUCGUUGAAGCCGGCGUGUGAGCAGCAGUGCAUGCGUGUGUUUGGCUGGGGGGUGGCAGGUUGGGCAGGGAGGCAGUGGGGUUGGGGGAGAGCACAUGUGGCGCCUCCACCAUCCACAAACAGCCCCACCCACCCUGCUCGUCUCACAUGCACGGGAAUCCCCCAACCGGCGCCAUCCACCUGCGCUACCAACGCCACCCACGCACUGCCCGUGUGCCUGCCCUGCGCAUAG